AGGGCGGAGCGCUCCGUGUCCGCCCAGCUCCGCGCGCGCUGUGGGUGAGUCGGGAAUCAACGAGGCCGGGCCCGGGCUCCCGUCGGGACGCUGGCCGGUCCGCUAGUGGAUUGUAAUUGCCCAUCUCGCGCGAGCAAGCAGCUACUGUGCUGAAAGCUAGAAUGAAACAGUUGCCUCCAGCAACAGUUCGCCUACUUUCAAGCUCUCAAAUAAUCACUUCAGUGGUCAGUGUGGUAAAAGAGCUCAUUGAAAACUCCUUGGAUGCCGGUGCCACAAGCAUAGAUGUUAAACUGGAAAACUAUGGAUUUGAUAAAAUUGAGGUGCGAGACAAUGGUGAGGGUAUCAAGGCUAUAGAUGCACCUGUAAUGGCAGUGAAGUACUACACCUCAAAAAUAAGUAGUCAUGAAGAUCUUGAAAAUUUGACAACGUAUGGUUUUCGUGGAGAAGCCUUGGGGUCAAUUUGUUGUAUCGCUGAGGUUUCAGUUACAACAAAGACAGCUGCUGAUAACUUCAGCACCCAGUACGUGUUAGAUGGUGGGGGUCACAUAGUUUCUCAGAAACCUUCACAUCUUGGUCAAGGUACCACUGUAACUGCUUUACGAUUAUUUAAGAAUCUACCUGUAAGAAAGCAAUUUUACUCAACUGCUAAAAAAUGUAAAGAUGAAAUAAAAAAGAUCCAAGAUCUCCUUAUAAGCUAUGGUAUACUUAAACCUGAUGUAAGGAUUGUUUUUAUACAUAACAAGGCAAUUAUUUGGCAGAAAACUAGAGUAUCAGAUCAUAAAAUGGCUCUCAUGUCUGUUCUGGGGACUGCUGUUAUGGGCAAUAUGGAAUCCUUUCAGUACCACUGUGAAGAAUCUCAGAUUUUCCUAAGUGGAUUUCUUCCAAAGCAUGAUGCAGACCACUCUUGCACAAGUCUUUCAACCCCAGAAAGGAGUUUCAUCUUUAUAAACAGUCGACCAGUACACCAAAAAGAUAUAUUGAAGCUAAUCCGACAUUAUUACAAUCUGAAAUGUCUAAAGGAAUCUACUCGUUUGUAUCCCAUUUUCUUUCUGAAAAUUGACGUUCCAACAGCUGAUGUAGAUGUGAAUUUAACACCUGAUAAAAGUCAAGUAUUGUUACAGAAUAAGGAAUCUGUUUUAACCGCUCUUGAAAAUCUGAUGACGACUUGUUAUGGAUCACUACCUAGUACAAAUUCUUAUGAAAGUAAUAAAACAGAUGUUUCCUCAGCUGACAUGGUUGUUAGUAAAACAACAGAAACAGAUGUGCUUCUUACUGAGAUGGAAACAUCUGGAAAUAAUUAUCCAAAUGUUGAUACUUCAGCCAUUCCUUUCCAAAAUGAUGUGCGUAAUGAUAAAUUUGGGGAAAACACUGAUUAUUGUUUAAAUCGUCAGGUACAUAUUGGUGACCAUUAUGAUGAUCAUUUUAAUAGUGAAAAUUCUAGCAUUGAUAAGAAUGAUGGAAAUACAUUUAAAGAAAUCCCAAAGAAUAAUUCAUCUUGUGAGGACACCCAAGAGGAGUAUAGUGAAACUUGUUCUGUGGAUUCUGUUGAGCAAGCCCAAUCAGCAAAUGGCAGUAAAGGCCAUAGAGAUGAGAGUGGGAAAAAGGAAGAAGCAGCAGUUCCUGAGAAGUCUUUGGAAAUUUGUGUAGAUGACUGGAGCAAGGGAAAUAUGCUUAAUUCUAGAGGAGAAAACAUUGAACCUGUGAAAAUUUUAGUGCCUCAAAAAAGUUUAGUGAGUAAUGUAAGUAGUAAUAAUAGUAAUACAAGUCCUGAACAAAAGAAUCUCUGUGAAAGUUCCUGUAACAAAAAAUCAAACGUGGUAGAUAACAAAUCUGGACAGCUUACAGCUUAUGAUUUAAUUAGCAAUCGAGUAAUCAGGAAGCCCAUGUCAGCAAGCGCCCUUUUUGUUCAAGAUUGUCGUGCCCAGAUUCUCACAGACAAUCCCAAGACCAGCUUGGAAGAUGCAGCAUUGCAAAGUGAAGAACUGUGGAAGACAUUGAGUGAAGAGGAAAAACUGAAAUAUGAAGAGAAAGCUACUAAAGACUUGGAAAGAUACAAUAAGCAAAGCCAGAGAGCCAUUGAACAGGAGUCACAAGUAUUAAAAGAUGGCAAAAAAAGGAUGAAACCCACCAGUGUUUGGCAUUUGGCACAGAAGCACAAGUUGAAAACUUCGCUAUCGAACCAGCCAAAACUUGAUGAGCUCUUUCAGGCCCAAAUUGAAAAAAAAAAGAACCAAAACAUUAAAAUAGUUCAGGUCUCCUUCUCUAUGGAAAACUUAAAAAAGAAUUUUGAUACACAGAAGAAAUUUGACUUAGAAGAAAAGGAUGAAUUUUGCUUGAUCCACAAUCUCAAGUUUCCUGAUGCAUGGCUAAUUACAUCCAAAACAGAGAUAAUGUUGUUAAAUCCAUACAGAGUGGAAGAAGCUCUGCUAUUUAAAAGACUUCUUGAGAAUCACAAACUUCCUGCAGAGCCACUGGAAAAACCAAUUAUAUUAACAGAGAGUCUUUUUAAUGGAUCCCAUUAUUUAGAGAUUUUACAGAAAAUGACAGCAGGUGACCAGAGAUACAGUGGACCAAUUUACCUGUCCGAUCCUCGUCUUACAGCAAAUGGUUUCAAGAUAAAAUUGACACCAGGAGUUUCCAUUGCUGAAAACUACUUGGAAAUAGAAGGAAUGGCUAAUUGCCUUCCAUUCUAUGGAGUGAUGGAUUUAAAAGAAAUCCUUAAUGCUAUAUUAAACAAAAAUGCAAAGGAAGUUUAUGAAUGUAGACCUCGCAAAGUGAUAAGUUAUUUAGAGGGAGAAGCAGUACGUCUGUCUAGACAAUUACCCAUGUACUUAUCAAAAGAGGACAUCCGAGAUAUUAUCUACAGAAUGAAGCACCAGUUUAGAAAUGAAAUUAAAGGGUGUGUUCAUGGUCGCCCAUUUUUUCAUCAUUUAACCCAUCUUCCAGAAGCUACAUAAUUAUGUUUAAGAAAAUUUGUUACUAUUGAAGUCAAUAGGAUCAUAAAAUAAUGAAUCAGGUUUAAACUAUCUGUGUACUAUCAUGUGUUAAAUGGUUGUUUUGUAAAUAAGGAAUCACUGGCCUGUUUGUAUAUUGAAAAAUUUUUUUAAACUAUAAAAAGUUAAUAAACUAAUAUAGACUAUUAAUUCA